CAAUAUAAUUUCAACAGUAUCAAUAUUGAUGUGUCAAAUAUCAAGAAAUAGAAGCAAUCGAAAGAAAUCUUCAUAUGUUUCUCUUUGUUUCAACCCAUUCGUAUGGUCUAAGAACGAGGAUGGUCUAACAAUGAGUAACGGGUAGGGUUCGGUGGACGGCGAUGAUCUAACAACGAUAGAUGAGUAGGAUCAGAUCUAUCAAAGACAAGAAAGUGGUGACGAUACAUAUGUUGGUUAGAAUCGCUCAUGGUCAGGUUUAUCAGUAAUCAUUUGUUUCUUUUUGUAUCUUGCCGAUGUUCAUCCAAUCAUUGAUAGUUCUACAUCUUUAAAGAAGUGUCAAAGUUAAAAAGGAAGUUGAGCGAUGAGUCUCAAAGUUUUCAGCCGGAAGCCAAGAUGGGAGCAGCAUGGUAAAUAGCGACCCUAAUUUGGUGGAAUAGAGUUAACAAAUAUGGCUAUCGAGGGAAAAAAGCUGAGCGAAAAUGGUGAGAAGAAGGUAAUGAUCUUUCCCCUCUUCGUAAUUUUUCUCUCAACUAUUUUACUGGUAAAGGAGUUAGUUUUGCCUAUCGGUUACUCUUUUAUGAUGUUAAGCAUUAAACCAAAAAAUAGAUGUUAUACUUCAAAUAUAGUCAAAAUAAAUUCAAGAAAAUAGCCUUAUGAUUCUGUUUUAAUACAUGAUUUACUUAAUGAUAAAAAAUCAUAAACUUAAAGAAGGGAACUUAAAAUUUUAUUCCAUGAAAAUCAUAAAGGUGUACUACUCUUUUUAGAAUGAAAAAAAAAAAGACGAGAUCUAAAUAUAUGUUUUUCUUGAUUGUUCUUUACCGUUAUAUAUCGUUUUUCUUAUAGUUUGAAUUUGAUUCAAAUUAAUUUAUUUUAUGGGUAAUAUUAUAUCCUUGAAAUUUACUUUUUCGAUUAAUGGUUUGUUUUUAUUUAUUUUUUUUUAUAUUUCCUUAUACAUCCAAAUCCAACUCAUUUGAAUGAAGACUCAGUGAACCCAAUACAACAAAGACUUAAAAGGACUUAGUGAUGGAAAUACAAAUCUGACGAAUAAUCGCUUAUAGUAUGUUUGUGUAUUAUAUAUAUCAUGUAAAAAAGAUACACGUGUAAAAGUUUAUACACAAAUUUACUGUCAACACAAUAUAACUAUAAAAUAAGACUUAAAAGUUAAACAAUGUUAUCAUAGGUUAAUGUGAAUGAAAGUUGUAAAGCAAAUUCAAAAGGGUUUGCCGACACGUUAACGUCCAAAGUCCUUUAAAUUAGGUAUUUGCAGUACCUCUACAUGUUUACAAACACAAUUUUUUUGUUAAGUAGAUUAUUAAGGGUAUCUUGUUUUAAACUGCUACUGGGGAUAGAUGUUGAUAUGCUUCAAAAUAAUAUGAUUAUUCAUAAUUCGGAAACUAUCAGUUUCAGCGAUUCGGAUUGCGUACCAAUAGCGAUCAGUACGAUUUUGUACCCGUUUCCAGUUCGAAUGAUCCGUAACAUAGAACACAGAGUAUAUAUGCUUCUGUUUUUUCUACAGAAAUAUCGGACAGCUCGAUACAAACCUGAACCUUCUGCAGAAGGACCUUCCGAGAAAAAGCCUACUCCAACGCAGGAUUUAUCGUCAUUGGAUUUGAAAACGAGUUCAGAGAUGACUAAAGCGUUACGUCUGUUAUGUCUACAGGUGGAAGUUCAAAAAAGACUACACGAGCAACUUGAGAUAUACUUUUUUAUAACUUGGGAUUCCUUUUUGGGACUAUUUUUUUACUACAGUUUUCCUUUUUUCAUGUUAAUAAUCAGUAAGUUGAAUUAGAGAUGACAAAUUGGUAA